CACAAUAAAAAAGCACAUAUAAAAAGACUGAGCUACACACACACACACACACACACACACACACACACACACACACACACACACACACACACACACACACACACACACACACACCAAAAUAACAAAAUGACCAGCAUGAUACCGUGGGGGAGAAGAUUAAGGUGGAGUGUGUCACUGGAGGAAGAGAAGAGAAGAAGGAGAGACAGAGACAGAAGAGGCAGCACCAUCACCACCACCACUACCGCCACAACCACCACCACCACCAUCGCCACCACCACCAAUGAACCGCAAACAACAGAAGUAACGAAGGAGAGGGAAGAGAGAAGAUCGCCCCUUACCUGUCCACCUCGCCGCAUGUCACCUGUCUUCAUCCUCCUCGUGAUUAACAGCAUCUUCCUCCUGCCCGUAGCACCUGGUUGUCCCUCAGCUAAGGGACUGAAGGGCUGUCCUUUGGAACCUCUUCUGCCCUUCUACCUUCCCCCUGUCACCCCCUACCUACCCCCAGUGUUUCCCCCAGUCACCAUCAAGACCAAGAGCUGUUCAGUAGGUUCAGGACCCAGGAUAAGGUGGAGGGCAGACGGAAGAUGUGGGGUUAACUUCCCUCUCGAUGGUUGGCCUCAGCCGUCCGAGUGUGACCCGCAGAGCGACCGUCCCUGCUGCAGUGACUAUGGGUACUGCGGCAACUCCCUGUCCCACUGCGGCUGCCCAGACUGCAUCGACUACAGAAACGUGAUACGGGAGGCGGAGUGCUACUAUUCCCUAGAGGGCGAGAGUGGCUACCUGGAGUCUCCGAACUUCCCUCUGGAGUACCCGCUGGGGAGGGAGUGCUGUUACGAUAUCCAGCGUCCCUCCCUAAGGCACUGCGGCGUGAAACUGACGGUGGAGGAACUGGACGUAGGCCGCGGCGAGGAGGACGGCUACUGUCGGAGGGACUGGCUUACCCUGCCGUCCUGUGUGCCGGAGCGAGGCGCCAGGAUCUGCGGCAGCAACGCCACGGGACAAGUUUACCAGUACCUGUUCCAGCCUGGAUCCUCGGCCCUGCGUCUGGUGUUCCACGCGGGGCAGGAGGCCGAGGGGCGUACUGGCUUCAAGGUCAAGUAUGACUUGCUCACCACCUGCCCAGGGCCAUACCAAACUCAGAACCUGCCCAUCUCCUUCAUCCCGGGGACGACUGGCGCGCCCUGUUAUACCCGUAUCGUGGACACCAGAGGCACCAUCAACACGCCUUACCAUCCCAAGCCUUACCCCGAAAACCUGGACUGUGUUUAUGAGUUUGUGAGGAGGUCGCAGGACGUGUGUGGGAUCAGGAUGCAGACGGUGACCUUCGAGAUGGAGCAGCCGCUACUGACGGUGUUUGGAGGUGCCUGCACUGACUUCCUUCAUCUGCCUUCCUGCGGCUUCCUCUGCGGCAAGGUCAACUUCACCUGGACGGCCGCCUUUCAGCCCAACGCCAAGAGUCUCAAGUUCCAUUUCCACUCAGACGAGGCCACAGGUCAUACCGGCUUCCUGAUUGGCUUUGAGCAGGUGACCCAGUGCUGAGCUACCUGACCUUCCCCUCACCCCGCCACAGGUUACGAUGGCCUCACGUCACCUUUAUUCGCUAUUGGUGCUGGCCUGGCCCGGGGGUCACUCAGGUCAGGUCACGUUCUCUUCAGUUGAGUGGAGCGUGUUAUUGUUCUUCUCGAGUCACCCAUCAGUCAUCGCCACUGUAAAUAAUGAUAUUGUUACCGAGGGUUUGAGAGAAAACGGAGGUGCAUAUCAAGUGUCAGAGAAAACGUACCGAUGCGUCUGUAGUGUAUGUUUGUAUGUAGAAUGGGGAGGUAAAGAGAGAGAGAGAGAGAGAGAGAGAGAGAGAGAGAGAGAGAGAGAGAGAGAGAGAGAGAGAGAGAGAGAGAGAGAGAGAGAGAAGGGGCAUUCGUUUUUCAUAUUCUCUCGCGUUAUGCUCAUGAAUAAACCCCGCUAGAAAGGAGACACGCUAUUGAGGAAAGACAAGAAAGAGUGAGGUGGAAGUGGCGUUACAUCAGCAGCUGCAUUUGUUUCACGUGACCCUUGAACACUUCUUCUAAGGAUCAUGAUGGACGCUAUGCCACAAUAUGUGAUGAAAAUUAUUCCUGCCUCUCCCUUCUCAGUCUCUAAGUUAAGGCAUCCCGUCGUGACUGAACUGAACUAAGGUCUUCAUUGUGAGAAAGACAUCAGUACUUCGUGUCGUAUUAAUGAUCAGUGAAGUGUAGAGUUUCACCUCCUCCAAAUCACACGUGACGAUGUAUCAUGAGUGUGUAUAGUGUUUAGGGUUUUAUAGUUGUACGUAUACCAUAACAACCACGACACCUCUUCUGUAUGUAUUCCUCUACCACCCUCUCUCGUCUCGUCAUGGUUGUCCGCACUGUGUAGUCACUCUCGGAUGGCGCCUCUUGACUGUUACUCCUUCGCCACUCUGUUCAUCGCUCGCUUUAUCGUCUUAACGGAGAACUUGGCGGGUACUUUUCUUCUGUUUUGCCCUCAGUUAGCCCCAAGAUGUGACGUGAGAAAGUCCAGUGAAUUUCAUGGCAACAAGUGGACUGGAGAUUGAUAGACAGACUCGUGAUGUGUGUUAAGAGUUUUGUAAUAACAAGAGGCUCGUAUUCUCAAACACUUCUGUGCUUCACUUCCACUUUUUCAAAAGUCUUUAUUUAAAUUUACACGAGUUUUUUCAUGUAUUAUUGGUUGUAGAGGCAGAAUUACAAGAUUUCUACAUUAGUAACUGGACAAAACACUCUUGAAAAUCCCGCUUAUCAUCUCUGUGGCCUUUGAAAAUGGUCGUGGUGACAGAACAAAGCGUUUCUGAAUACGGGCCCAACAAGAACUGAGAAUGUGGUAGAGAUAACUGUCUGAUACUGACUUUUUAACAUUCUGUGCAAUAUAACACAUUUUCCUAGAGUUAAAGAAAUCACCUGCUCCUGUAUGUCAAGCAGUCUUAAAGUGCCUCAAC